UCAUUCAUUCACGCCAUUCGCCACAACCAUCGGUAUCCUAUAUCAUGACGCGUGGCUCAAAUUCAGCAACUGUUUGUGCUGCCGGGAAGUGGUGCUGCUGAGAGUGCCUUGCUUGCCUGCACUCGUACAAUUUUUAUGACUUUCACCUGAGCUGCAAGCGCCUAAGAUCAUGUUGGUGGCUCGAUCUUCCUUCUUUUCGCAGUCCCUCUGCCUGCGCAAAGAUGUGCACGGCUUCGAUUCACCUCCUCCCAUUCUCUGCACUUCCGCCAGGCCCAAUUCAAAGCCGUGUACAGUCUUAGCGUGGGCAAAGAAUGAACGCCUCCAUUGUGUCCGACACAUUGUCUUGCAGGCCGCCACUAGUGAAACAGGCACCCUCGGGUCGGAGGCAGAGUCAGAAGCAGCGGUGGAAGCAGAGGCAAAGGCAGAGGCAGUGGUGGAAGGAGAGGCAGAGGAAUAUGAGGUGGAAAUCGAUAAACCUUAUGGACUUAGGUUUUUCAAGGGCUCUGAUGGCGGUACCUACAUAGAUGCUAUUGCUCCAGGCUGCAGUGCUGAUAAAACUAACAUGUUCACUGUUGGAGAUAAAGUCAUAUCUACCAGUACUGUAUUUGGGACAGAGAUCUGGCCUGCAGCUGAGUAUGGCCGCACAAUGUACACUAUACGCCAACGAGUUGGGCCAUUAUAUAUGAAAAUGCAGAAACGCUACGGAAAACUUGUAGAUAGUGCUGUGAAUGAAAAAGAUAUAAUAAGAGCAGAGAGGAACUCAGGUGUUAUCAGUGAUAAAGUGAGGGAAAUUCAAAUGCAAAACUAUAUGCGGAAAAUGGAGCUCAAGAACAAAAGAGAGUCCGAACUUACAGAAGGACUAAAGUAUUAUAGGGAAGGAAAAUAUGAAUCAGCGCUAGAGAAGUUUGAGUCUGUUUUAGGAUCAAAGCCUGAACCAAAGGAACUAGCUGUGACUAGUUACAAUGUUGCAUGCUGUUAUUCCAAAUUAAAUCAGUUAGAAGCAGGUCUUUCAGCCCUUGAAGAUGCAAUGGAGGCAGGAUAUGAAGACUAUAAAAUACACUUGAACCUAGGAAGUGACAAAUUGAAGAUAGGAAGCAAGUUGAUGGCAGAGCUGAAGAUUUGAACAUCAAUGCAUCAUUGAACAGGCAUUGAAGGAUAUAAUGUUUUAUUAUUUAUUUUUUUCUUUCUACCUUUAGUUGCAUAGCUUAUCCCCUAUGUUUUAUCAAUGUGGUUCACUCAUUCCCACGGCUUGCGUGGGACUUUUAAACACUCUUUUAUGAUAAUGAAUGCUUUAAAGCAAGAAACGACGGCAAUGUUAAACUAUCUUGUAUGUUUCUUCAUUUCAAAAUGAAUAGAAUACAACAGUACUAUGCAACUUUGAUGAAUA